AUGCAUUGGCUUAAUCCUCGAUAUCAUGAUAAAGAUCAAAAGACUAUUGUAAAACCCAACGAACUUGAAGCUUCCCUGCAUGAUCCUCCUGAAUGCACUAAUGAUAAUUUAUUCAAUCGUGUUCUAGGUUCUAUGAUGGGAUUAACUGUAGGUGAUGCACUUGGUGCUCAUGUUGAGUUUAGACCUCGUCAAUAUUUAAUUGAACAUCCUGUGACAGAUCUUCAAGGUGGAGGAACAUGGGGACUUCAACAAGGACAGUUUACUGAUGAUACUUCUAUGGCACUUUGUCUGGCUAUUUCACUCAUUGUUUGUCACGAUUUUCAACCAUAUGAUCAAUUAGUUCGUUAUAAAUGGUGGUAUAGAAAUGGUUAUAUGUCAUCGACAGGACAAUGUUUUGAUAUUGGUGCUGCUACUAGAGAAUCGUUACAUAAGUUUGAAGAUCGUCAACAUACACUUGCUAAACAUUAUCAACUUCCGCUGGAAGAUAUAGAUUAUUUAUCCGAUCCUCGUAUUUUAAAGUAUCUCAAUGUAUUUUGUGGUAAGCAUGAUGCUGCUGGUAAUGGAGGUCUCAUGCGUUUAGCUCCAGUACCACUUUUCUUCUGGAAAUAUCCAAAUAAAGCAGUAGAAUAUUCUGGUCAAAGCGCUAUGCUAACUCACGGAGAUCAAAAAGCGGUCGAUGCUUGCCGAUUUUAUGGAGCUCUUAUCGUUGCUGCGCUUCGAGGUGAAUCAAAAUCAGAAUUAUUACAUCGAGAUUUUUAUCAAAAACAUCGAGAAUGGUUUGGUGUUGCCUCACUUCAUGAGGAUGUUCUUAAAAUUGUUGCAGGAUCUUAUAAGAAACAAAAUGGUUAUGAAGAUGGAAUUCGAGGAAAAGGUUAUGUUAUUGAUAGUUUAGAAGCUGCUUUGUGGGCUUUUUGGUCAGAUGAAGAUUCAUUUGAGAAUGGUGUUAUAAGUGCUGUUAAUCUUGGUGAUGAUACUGAUACAACAGCAGCUAUUUACGGUCAAUUAGCUGGUGCAUAUUAUGGCUAUAGAAAAUUACCUGAACGAUGGAUCUCGAAAAUCUAUGCUGGAAAAUUUAUUACAUGUUUAAGUAAAUGGAUUGUUUAUGAAAGUGAAGAAUGGCCAUCAAGAAAACAGUCAACUUCAAUGAAAUAUAAUCCUACAUCUAAAUUAUAG